CAAAAAUUGUCAAUAAGGGUCAGAUUAGCCUUGAUUUUAAUUUAACUUUCCCCUGACAGGUGUAUAUUUUUCACUACUCAAGAUUUUCAAAAUUUCCCAUAUCAAAAUUUUCAUGUAACAAAAUAUAAAGCAAAUAAAAUUGAUAUGAACGAACAAUCCCGCCAGAAACAACACAAUCGAACACGUCGAGCUCGUUCAUCGAGUGUCCACCAUAUUGUUAUAAACAUCUUUGAGGACAGACAGGUUCAGGUCGUUUCGCACAACAUCAAUCCUACAUUAGGAACGGAUGGGCUUCAAGAAUCAACGGCAUUCAUCGUCAGUGCACCGCCACUACACCCAACACUGUUCGAUGGGACGUACAACUAUGAUGGCGGAAAUGUCGAUUUGGAGUGGACAACGUCUUCGGAAAGUGUGUUAUCGGCGGACAGCGAUUCAGAGAUGGCCUUAGAAGAAGUCUUGAGCAAUGCGGUCAGUUCAGUUCCGGUUAUCGAACCGAGCGGUGAAAAAAUGGUCACGCGGAAAAAAUCUAUCUCCGUGGUAGGAAAUGUCAGGGGACAAGCAGUGGGGGCCAUGAUUGACCCGGGGAGUACUGUGCUGAUGCAGAUGUCCCGAGGCAAUAUCGGUUGUUAUACUGAUGUGCGCAAUUGCAUGGCAGAGAUCAACGAAGUGUUGAACAACGAUGACAGCAUCGUGAUACUGAGAUAUCCAAGCGUAGAGGAUUCACAGCGAUCAAGGAGAGUGCAAGUAAGCCAUCAGGAAACGGCGAAGAAGAUGAUGGAGUUGACCGAAGACGUUUUGAGAAGGGUUCAAGGCUCGUCUAGAGAGUCUAUUCUAAUGAAGCUUCAGGACACUUUGGGAGAAAUGUUAAAUCAACCGGAGGACACGAUUGCGGUUCACUCUUUUUCCAGAGAAGUAAUGGGUGGUUCUAAGUCGGAAGCAUUAGUAGGAUUUUUCAAAAGAGACAAUGAAGCGGCAUUGUUUGUUCAAGCCGUAGAUUCAAGCAACAAGAUAACCAGAAGUUUGUCAGGCUGUGAAGAUGAGAAUUCCAUGGAAGAUCAAAUAGGUUUAGAGCGAUUGAAAAGUUUUCUUCAAGAGUCUUUGCAAAACCAGGAGCAAGCGUUAAGCCAAACUUUUGAUAUUGAACCGGACAUUACUAUCAGUAGGUCAGGAAAUAAAGUUGUAGGUGUAUUAAGCUUUCCCAACUCAGCUUCAGCUGUAGUGAAGACAACCGUUGACAGAUUCCCGCUAGACAAACAGCGAUCAGAAAUAGUUCAAUCAAUGAAAGAUCUGUUGCAAAAUCUAGCCCAGCAAUCUACGGGCAAGCUUUUGGUUCAAAUGCACUCCGGUAACGAUCGAGAAACUGUAUUGGAUCAAAUUAAAAACGAACUGGAUGAAUCAGUCCAGCCUGGUGCAGAAGAAGGUGGACCGUCGGUAAUUAGCGUACGAGAAAGUGACGACAAAGUCAUCGGCGUUCUGAACUAUUCGGGUGGAUCUAUCGUCAUUCAAACAUCGAGUAAAAAUUGGAUCCACGCCCAUUCAUGUAGUGAUCCAAAAGACUUACUUCAAAGUAUUCGACUCAUGAUAGAACUGUUUAUCAUGAGCAGUGAAUUGACAGAUGUUGAUCUCCGAUCCCUAGCAUCAAUUAUCGUUCAAGUUUUCCAUUUCCCAACAGUUGACCUCUCAGAAGAUUUCCUCAGUAAGCAUAUCCUGCAAAAGAUGGCUUUCAUCACGCAUCAACUUAUGAACCCUUCGGAACACGAAGAUCCACUUUUGAUCAUCAACCAGCUUCGAAAUACAUUAGAGCUGAUCGCCCGCCCAGAGUUUGCCUCAGAAAAUAUUCAGGACACAUAUUCAGUUGAAGUUCUAAAAAGUUACUUGGACGAGUUACUGUGCGAGGAGGAUACUCAAUACGAAAACGAUUUAAUAAUACAUACGCUGCGGGGAGCCCUUCUUGACGUCCUUAUUCAUUACGAUGUUACGCUGUCUGCAGCUCUCGAGGAUCUCUUGAAUCUACUGAAAACCAUCUCAGUGGAAAAAGUUGAUCUACACUCGCAAUCCACCGUCAUAAGCUCUCCGGGAAUGACGGCUAUAACCAACGAACCGUUGCUCACAGAUCGCUCUACUUCUGAGCAUCAUUCUUUUGAAGUCGUUCAACGUAUUCACAACCUUUUGGGCGACGAAGAACCUUCGCACGGACGUGAAGUUUCUUACCUUUCCAUAUUCCAGAGCAUUUUCCUAACUCUGCUCCGAAUUAUAAGUGGAUGGAGUGUCCGCUUGAAGUCCUUUCUUGACAAGGAUAAUAGACAGCAAUCUGUCCCAGUGGAGCAGCAAUCAGGAUCAAAACUAGAACAACAAUCAGAACCCGGGACGUCCGUGCAGCGGAAGCCUUCCGUUUCGUUUCAUCUGCUGAAGCAGCCAAAUGACGCCGACGAACGGACACCUUCGGACAUAUCCCAACAAUAUGAGGAUGAAAGGCACAAGUUGAACAGUACGAUUGACGAUCUACGCGCAUUCUUGGAACACUCACUGAACGUUCCGGAAGCGUGGGAAAAGCAACGGAAGGGAUCACGUAUGGAGUUCCCGGAAGGAUCUGUCGCUGUAAAGCAGAGAAUGCUUCACCUGUUCUCCAAGCUGCUGGAUGAAGCGGCUAAAUUGAAGGUGACUGACAAAUCAAGCCAUGCGAUUCAUCUUUGCUUGGACUCAGCCUCCGGGGAACUGGAACAGAAGGAGGGUGCGCAGUUUGUGGUAUUGAGUGGGAAAGUUCGCGACCGACAGCACAAUUUGGGUUUAUUUUUCGAGGCAAGAAUGGUAGAUUUAGAAGAUGCUUCCAAGGUAGAGUCAGAAGUCGAGUGCGUAACGGAAGUUCGACGGCUGUCAGAUAAAUCUGAAUGUUUGGUCAAGGAUGAGCUUGUUCCGGAAGUUGUAGAGUCGUGUUUAGCAGAAGUGGGAAGUGACGGGGCUGAGGAGGUUGAUCAGAGAGAAGGUAGUGUCGAAGAAUUUCGGAUGCAGGAAACAUUGAGUAGGUACUUUGAACUGAUUCAAAGCUACAUCCAGGAAUCAAUGGAUCCGAUGCGGGAAGCCCUGGGUACUAUACUGGAGAGAAUCGCCUUGGUAGGGACAGAGAAGAUUCGGGAGAUACGGUCUAGUAUCGUUCAAACAAGUAGCAAUUUCGGGGAGGACUAUAUUGUUGAGAUGGAAAGCAGUCUUGAAGAGCAAGAGGUAGUUCUGCCGAAAGAAAUGGCACAACAAGAUCAGUCGGUGCAGUGUGCUCCUUCCACAGCAAGUGGGAACGUUCAAGACAACGAAAUUUUAUUCGAUCGCUUGGACAACAUAUCCACCGAUUUGCAAGAACUGAAACAACAAAUGAUAGAACUAUGCGGAUUUCUUCAAAACCCUCCAGCACAACCCAGCCCAACGGAGCCCCAAUCCACCGAUACAGGUCCACCACCGUCGACUCAACCAAUCUGUAUUGAAUCAAGCAUCCCGGAUGACUCAUUUGUAAGCGUGACACCAACAGCUCCUACGCUUGACGACAUCGAGGGCCGCAUUUCGAUGAUGGUUGAAAUAGUUUCUCUCGACGAUGAACGAAGACUAUCUCAAGUUUCGGACGAGAGUGAUGUACGCGAUCAUUACCUCUCGGCGGUUGAGUGUGUUCCAGUACCAUCUGAGCCCCCAAUGGUUGAAGACGCACAAAAGUGUACGCUGGCUGAACCAGAUAAUUCAAGAUUCAGUGAAAUAUUCCCCGUAGAGCAGCUGACGCGAAGAUCAACCGCCACUCAGACAAUGGAGUCUCGCGGAACUCAAACUGAUGUGGAAGAAGUAGCAGAUUUCGUUGAAGAAUCGGCAAUAUGUGACAAAGAAGCAACUCGCCUGUCUACAGCAAUCGCUGAUCAGCGACCAUCCGUGCUUUCCCAAUUACAUAAAAGAAUCUCCAGUUUUGUUGGUAUUUGUGUGAAGGAACCAAUUGUUCAGGAAGACCAAGCACGCCGAUCAACUCGUGUUUCAAUAGUGGAACCUGCCACUAUUGUGGAUUUAGAAAAGGGCUACAGUAAAGAAUCUGUAGAAGACAUAAGCCAAGAUAGACAAGACCUAAUUUUAGAAGGUAAAGAAGAACAAAGACCAUCGUUGGGUGCUGAAGUAGAUUCAGAAUCCAUGGGAGACGUCCAAAAGACCGUUUCACCACAAGAUCAACAGAAAUCGUCGUCCUUGGUCGUAAAUGCUGAAAGCUCCCCAAUUCCCCUUCAUACUGAAGAUCAAGCAUCAACUAACUCAAUAGAUAGUGCCAAGGAAAAGGACCAACAGAGCCGACAAACCGUUGAGUCAUUUGAUGAUUAUGUGAAUCCGCAAUCUGAAGCUCAUGAUGAUAUUCGACAAGAUUCAAAACAAUCCAUAGAAAGUGUUGCUUAUGAGCCCAUUCUAACCACCGAUCCAACAAAUCAAAGGAUAACGGAAAAGCAGUUGGACAAUUUGGUAGACAAGCCCAAAGACAGUGUCUUGCUGCAGCAGUUGAGCGAAAUUCCGGUUCGUGACAGGCCAAUCCCUGGACUUUGUGAUAUUGCCAUGAGUUACCAAUGCAAACAGGUGGAUGCUGCUAUUGGACGUCAAUUUAUGAGUCCCGCGGAAAUCUACUCGUGCCAUGCGAUUGGUCCAAAUCAGAUGAUGGUGCACUGGAAGGUUGCACCGCAAUUUGCUGAUCAGAUCGGUGGAUUUGAGAUCUACGUUGACGGCGAAGCGAGCUCGUUCUAUUAUUCCCACCGCAGGCGGACCGGUCUUCUUGAGGACAUCGAUACGAGAAAGCAACACCGAAUCGUUAUCUACUGCAGCCCGGAGAGUUGGAUCAGAGAAGCGGCACAAUGGGCCCCAGGCGUGUUCUUUUAUCAUCUCUAAUAAAACAAAUUG